GGUUGUGUUGACAUCUGACUUCACUCUCGGCGUCACCAUCGACUAACUUCUCCCUCUCCCAAAACCUGCGAUCAGCGACCUCUGACCUCCAGCCUCUCAGAAAGGUUGUAUCUGACGGAGGGACCGGUGCCGCGCUCCCAUCCCUGCGCUCCUUCAACAACAACACUGGUUCAUCAGUCCCUGUGGCAGCAGCAGCGAGUUGAGUGACCCAGCUUCAGCCCGACCGGCUUUACCUGUACAUGGAGACCCCCAGCUGGGCAGGAAACACGUUGUGUAAGUCAGGAAGCAUUGCUGUCUUCGGGAACGUGGUAUACAGCGGACUGCUGAACGAUCACCUCUGGCAUUUGGGAGUGCCCCUCUUUACAAGACUGGGUAACCAAGAGGCCUCCAACCCACCAGAAGCGAUGGCCCAGCCGUACACCCCAGCCCAGUACCCACCUCCCCCACAGAAUGGAAUCCCCGCAGAAUUUGCGGCACCACACCCACUUCCGACGCAGGACUACACCGGGCAGAGCCGGGUUCCUGAGCACGCCAUGACCCUCUACACACCCACACAGACGCACAGCGAGCCGGCCGGCACUGACAACAGCACGCCCGCCAUCACCGCCACCACGACCGCACCGGUCAGUGUCCUCCAUCACCUGCAAACACUGUUCUCAGCAGACUGUCAACAAACAGAUGAUGUGACGCAAACAGAGGGCUCUCAGCAGCUCCAGCUCCAGCACUCAGACUCUUCAGAGAAGCAGCAGCCCAAACGGUUACAUGUCUCCAACAUUCCCUUCCGCUUCCGGGACCCUGACCUAAGGCAGAUGUUUGGGCAAUUUGGAAAGAUUUUAGAUGUGGAGAUUAUCUUUAAUGAGCGAGGAUCCAAGGGCUUUGGGUUUGUAACUUUCGAAACAAGCACAGAUGCUGAUCGUGCACGGGAGAAACUAAACGGUACAAUCGUAGAGGGACGCAAAAUUGAGGUUAACAAUGCAACAGCACGAGUGAUGACAAACAAAAAAGUGGCCAACCCUUACACGAACGGCUGGAAGCUGAAUCCAGUGGUCGGAGCUGUCUAUGGUCCUGAACUGUAUGCUGUAACAGGGUUUCCCUACCCUGCCACAGGCGCUACGGUGGCCUAUAGGGGUGCCCACUUGCGAGGUCGGGGGCGGGCUGUGUACAACACAUUCCGCACAGCUCCGCCACCACCCCCCAUCCCAGCUUACGGAGCGGUGGUGUACCAAGAUGGCUUCUAUGGUGCAGAGAUCUAUGGUGGCUAUGCAGCAUACAGAUUUGCCCAGCCCGCCACCACUGCUGCUUACAGUGACAGCUAUGGCAGAGUCUAUGCAACAGCAGACCCCUACCACCACACGAUUGGCCCUGCUGCCACGUACAGUGUGGGGACUAUGUAAAUACAAAAGGAAGAGCUGUACUCAGUAUUGAUGGACAUCACAGAUGAAAACAACGAUGAGAGGAGAUCUAGCUUUAAGAAAAUAACACAAGAAGAAGAAGAAUACAAGAAGGAGUCCCUCUACUGAGGCUGGCGAGGGAAGACGGGAGGCGUACAAAGUGGCGCCGCGGCAGCGGUGUCAAACCAGCCACAAACUUGACAGACGGAGUGAGCCAGUUUCCACCAGGGACCACCUUUUUGCCGGGUAGAAAAAGACAGAGAGAGAAAGAAAAGUGUCCCGUUAUUAUAAAACAUUUUAUUUUUCUAUACUUUUGUGAUUUACAAUGGUAAAAAAGUGUGUAUAAAGCAGUAUAUAUGUACAAAUCUGUUUUUAUGUUUUUGGUAAGGGAGAUGAACAGUUGGCCCUUGAUGCUGAUUCUGUGAUAUGCAGGAAGAAGGAGGGAGGAGCGCCCCCCUCCUCUCUCUAUGGCACACUGCUCUGUCGCCGAGGUUGUGUAAACAAAAACAUAAACAUAAAGGUGGCAGGGAGUGCUCGGCAUCCAGGCAGAAGCACUUUCUACGCUCUACUUCCUGUGGGUGGAGUCAGAGGUCAGCCUCCUGGUCUCACUGCUCCGCCUUCUUCCUUCCAACCUCCCCGACCACUUGCUUACUUCCUUCCUUCCUUCCCUUCUUCCUUUUUCGGGCCGGUGAUGUCGCUCCUUCCUCCUUGUUGCGGUGUCACUGGCCAGCAGCGCCUACUGUUAGCAGCGUCCCCUGUGGAUACUGUCGUGAUGUCACUUCCUCCUGGCAGCACCAUUGGGCAUCCCCGCCCUCCCCAAUGGGCAGCGUCACUGGUUUACAGCGUUGGGGAGUGGGGGGUUGAGCCACGGCGGGACGGUGAGACGGUAUAAAGCCGAGCCUCCCCGGUCUGCCCCUCUCCACGCCCCAGCAGAGGUCAAUGACUAUGGACUAGUUAGAGAAGAUGGCGCAGAAGUCGCCGACUUUACUCACCUGCCAGACUCCGAGCCCAAGCCUUUGUGUCACUCUGCACCGACUGACUAACUAUCAGACCCACGUGAUAAAAAGGUGCGUACAACUACCAAGGAUGCACGUUUCCACCUGCCGAGAAUAACUCAUCAACGUUCAUGUAACAAAUUGAAUUAUAAUCGAAUAAUCCCAUUGUACUACAUCAGCAGGUGCAUAACCAAAACACAAGCCUGAGGCAUAUAGACUAUGUCGCUAGAUAAAACAUUAUAGAAAUAUAGUAGUGCCCAUCCAACGGUAACAAGGAACGAGGGCUGAAAUAUGUCAAUUUCUUUUUGUCAAUGUAUUCUGAAAAAUAUUUAUUUGUGUGGUUUCUUUUGUUUGUUUGUUUGUUUGUUAUUUUGCAGCACUGAAAACUUUUAAAGAGGAAAAAAAAAGUUUUAAUUUGGUGGAAGCGAAACCUUAAUUCUUUAUAUCAGGAGAGUCACUGUAAACGUGUUUAAACAAGAAUGUUGGUUCAGUUCUUUGAAUGUACUUUAAUGUCUAGGGUGUCCAAUAAGUAUGUAUUCUUUUUCUGUAUAUAAAUAUAUAUACAUAUCUAUUAUAUGGGCUGUGGUGAUGUCAGGGAGUAGAGGGGGUGGGCAGGAAAGCCUCUGGCCCCCGAACAUAGAUAUCAGACCCCCCCCCCCCCUCCCCCUCCAACUACAUAUGUCCCUGAUAUAUUACUGUAACAUGUGAUCAUGUGUUAUAUGAUUGAAAGUGUGAUGGUGAUAGUGUGAAUUGAUCUCCCCGAAACCCCUCCCCCUUUACUACGCAAAACAACACACACACAUUCAAAGCAGCGAAUCAUCAAUUAACAACAUAUCUAGAAUGAAACACACACAACCACACACACACACACACAAACUAGAUAUUUUACUAUUCAGAGCAAAAACAUAAAAUAACUCAUCCUAGGUUUACCCACCAGACGCUUCAGGAAAACAAUCACAUCUGCAGUAUUCUGUGAUUCCGGCCCUUUAGUUGGAGCCGCGACCUGCUAAUUAGUUCAAGGUGUCAGAUAAAAAGCGGAUGAAUAUUGAUUUUUUCCUUUUCUUACUUGAACCAAAGUAUGAUUUGAACACACAGUCUCAGUGCUCUUUGAUCAGGAGACAGCGGGACUCUGUGAUGGCGGCGGAAGCCCGGAUGUGUAUUGACGUGACCCAGAUUUCGAACACUCAUUACUGCUGAGGAAGAGCUCGCUCUCCUAGCUAAUGUGACGAGCCCCGCCGACGGAGCCCCGGGGCCGCUUCCUGCAGGAGCCUUGGUUUUGUGAACCGCUGUUCUCCUGCUGACCCUGGUGGGCGGGCGGCUUUAUUGCAUUUUGGAAAAUGACCUGCUGGCCCUGAGAAGAAACUUUCUCAUCAGAGGCGAGCAGGUUCGGGUGAAGCACAACUUUGUUUGAGAGUUCAGGGUACACUACUCGUGUAGUGGUUUUGUGUGAAUGGUUCCAAGAAGGUAAUACUAGCUUGAGCUCCUGACUUCCUGUACAAAACUACAGUGUGUACUGUUAUUAUCCUGUACAGUAAAUCUCACCUCACACUUCUUGAUUAACUUCAUCUUAUUUCAGGUUUAAAAAAAAAGAAAAAACUUGUUCUGAAUCAGGGCUCCUACCCACGCGACCUCUCUUCAUCUGUAGACAGCUUCUCAUAUAUUACAAAGAGUAUAUAUAUCAUGGCAACUAACUGUUGUAAAGUCUAAAUGGGGUAAAGUCGAUCAUUCGUUCUCUCCCAUGCAGCGAUCACAUGCAGACUUAGCAUUUUCAUACCUGUAGGUUUGUUUCUGAGAGUCAACUGAUUCCUCCGGCCUACUUACAGCGCUACAGACUUAUGGUGGGUCAGAGAAGACUCGGGGGCGGGGCGGAGGUUUUGUUUAAUGGGAACUUCCUGGAAGCCAGAGCUGCUCUGGAGGCAGAAUCAGCCUAAUCCUCCAAUUCAAUUGGCAGAGAUGACGAACCAACCACAGUUUUUGUUUGGUCACAUGAUGUCCACUAUUUUAUCUAUGCACUUUGCCAAAAAAUACAAAAAAAGAUGUGAUAUCACAUGUGACAAAGGGGAAACCACUUAUUUACUCAUUCUACUUCGCUACAAGUUAAAAAAUGUAAAAGAGAAAGAGACCCACACUGCUCUCUGAAGAAGUUUGGAUAUGGGUCUUUUUGUGGGAAUCUUCCUCAGUCAUAGGAGAUUUUUCAAAAUUCAAUGACAGGAAGCUGUUAAGUUUCAAGGUUUAAUUUGAGUUUAUAUUAGAGGUCAACUUGCAGACAAACCACCGUUUUAGUAUGAGCAAAUUUAAAUGUAAGAUUAAUAUUAUACAGCACUCAGUAACACACAUCAGGAAAAAGCUUCCUCUUUCAAUUCUUUUUUUUACAUAUUUUAUUUAUUUGAAAAAAAUAUCACAUUUCCUGUAGCAUGUGUCAUUCGCUAGCUCCACAGAUUCCAGAAGUCUUGGUGCAAAAAGAAGAGAGAAAAAGUUCUGAAACGAACACUGUGUGAUGAUGAACAGUCAUGAGACGUGUUUUCUUUUUUUGUUAACAUUUAACAACAGCUCCCAUGAGACUUUGCUUCUGAAAUGACAAAAAAAAAAUUUAAAAGUUUUAAGCUUGAGAUGUUUUAUAUUAUGAGUAUUAAACUCAUUAAUUGGUGGAACUUUUACGUUUUCCAAUCUAACUUGUUAGCCCGGCUGGUCUUCCAUGUCAGUAGCUGCACUAGCAUCAGUGGUCAGGUAUGAAAUUGAAGAGAAUAUUUCAUGUUUUUAUUUUUAGGUGCUAAUUUACCAGGUAGCUUUAAUGCACACUCUCACAAAACUGUGGCUGUUUGUCGUUUCUCCUCGCUGAUCAAGUUUUGACCUGAAGCAGCGAGUGUGUUUCUGCGUCCAGAGAAUUUCUGUCCUUCACAAAAACAAAAAAAAGAAAUGUCUAUGAAACUCCGGCUCGACAGUGGGAUGGAGGGGGGUGGGGGGAGGCUAGGGGACAGGGUUGAGGCGACCCUCCCUCCCUCAGUUCCCUCGGAUGCCUCGAGUACAGAGAACAGGUCCUGAUCUUCCUGAGCACAACUGCUUGAGCUGUGACACUAGCAGGAUGUCCCCUCUGAGAGACCCCCGCCUCCCCCCUGACCCCUGACACGCCCACCCCGCCCCACCAUUCCCUCCCCCCCAGCCUUCUAGUAUGUGAGUCGACUGGCCCCUUUUGUAUUCCUGGUGUUCUGUACAUAAUGACCCUCACCCGUCCUUCCCCCGCGCCCCACCUCCCCCAGCUGUCCUUUCAGGGGGAAAAAGAAAAAGAAAAAAAAAACAUCCUAUGACUCCCCGAAAUCUUGUAUUUUGUUCUAAUAAUGACAAAAUUUAUUUAUAAGGAUUUUUUAAAAUCUAUCUCUUUCUCCUUUUUGUAAAUGUUCCAGUUAAAUAAAGUUUAAAAAUGUUAAAAAAUUAAAUGAAUAUAUUGAAAGGUUAAAAAAAUGUCUCUAGAAGUCCCUGCCCCCUCCUCUGGCUCUGUACUCUGAACUUUGUGUUUUUGUUUUUUCUCUUUCUGUAUGCUUCUCUUUACGUGCUUCAGAUAAAGAGUUCUAUUUAUUAUGACAUUAACGUUAUUAUAAUUAUGACUAAUUAUUAAUAUUAUCAUCAUCCUCAUCAUCCUCAUUAUUAUCAUUA